AUGUACUUGGACAUUGCAGACAACGACGUGUCGGACGUUGCGUCGCUCAUUUCGGUCAACGCGCCUUCGCUGACCCCAUCGGCCGCGUCUUCGCCACGCCUCAACGCCCCCGCACCGCCGAGUGCGCUCCACGGCGGCAACGCCCGUCACCCGGCUCCCAUGGGCCUCGCACUCAACAUACUUCGCCGCGGCGACAAGCGCCAGGAGCUGAGUGAGAGCGAGGGUCUCGAGUCCCCAACGUACGAUGGCGACAUUGAGAGCUCGUCGACUGUCGGCACCCCCAUCCACCCCUCGUACGGCGGUGCUGGACACCUGCGGCGUCCGUCGUCGCCCACGCCCGGCGCCAACAGUGCGACUCCCGGCCAACUGAACCGCGCACCUACUCCCAAGGCGUCGCGCGCGCGUCUGGCCGACACAACAACCUCUCAUCCGACCGACGUGCCCGUCGCCGACUCGGUGUCGCUCGCGCACCCGUACCGCGCACAUGAGCAGGGCAACCCCCAGUCGGCUGCGGGCCCACUGAGGAUGUACACACGUCCCGUGGAGGUGAGCGAGGACAACAUUCGCGGCUUUGUGCAGCGUGCGAUCGACGGCGAGGGCAUCGAGGACGGCGUCGAGCGGUGGUGGCGCACAAACCCCCCUCCCCAGGACAGGCCGGUGCGUAUCUACGCCGACGGCGUGUACGACCUGUUCCACUUUGGCCACGCGCUGCAGCUGCGCCAGGCCAAGAUGUCGUUCCCACGCGUCCACCUGCUGGUCGGCGUGUGCUCGGACCAGCUGUGUGCCGGCCACAAGUCGGCCCCGGCCAUGACCCAUGCCGAGCGCUGCGAGGGCGUGCGCCAUUGUCGCUGGGUCGACGAGGUGCUCCCGGACGCGCCGUGGGUCGUCGACCAGGCCUGGAUGGACAAGUACCAGAUCGACUACAUUGCCCACGACGAGCUCGUCUACCCGUCAAAGGACAUGGAGGACGUCUACGCCUGGGUCAAGGGCGAGGGCAAGUUUCUCCCCACGCGCCGCACCCCGGCCAUCUCCACCUCGGACCUCCUCGAGCGCAUCGUCCGCGGAUACCGCGACGGCUUCUUCGACUCCAAGCUUGAGAAGAACGGCCAGACAGACCUGCUCGCCGCCGACGUCGACUGGGACUCGGACAAGAGCAUCGAGCGCCGCCACCAGCGCCGUCUCGCCCACGCUGCCAAGUCGAAGAAGAACUUGGCGGGCGCUGCGCAGUAG